GUAACAUCGGAUCACCUGCAUCCAAUCUCCUUGCCUUCUUCUCUCACAUUACUCCCUAGCACUUCUUUUCCCCCAUUUCUAUCUUCCCAAUUGUGGCAAUGACCACUAAAGUCGAUCAGCCCACCAAAGACCUGGUCGCCGAUGGUCGAUCCUCCCUUCAAGGGGUCACCUACCAUGCGGAGGACAUCGCGGAUGGUCAGGAGCCCUAUGGCCCACCCGGCAUCAAGGGUCUCAUCGCCAAUCCAUUUGUGCUCCUGUGUGCCGGAUGCUCAACCCUGGGAGGUCUGCUCUUUGGGUACGACCAGGGAGUGGUGUCCGUGAUUCUCGUGAUGGAUCAGUUCCUCCAGCGCUUCCCUGAAGUCGCCGACGGACACUCCGCGGCUGGGUUCUGGAAGGGGUUGAUGACGGCGAUGAUCGAGUUGGGGGCGCUCAUUGGUGCCUUGAACCAGGGAUGGAUCGCCGACAAGAUCUCGCGCCGUUAUUCCAUCAUCGUGGCAGUGAUCAUCUUCCUGAUCGGAUCGAUCUUGCAGACGGCGGCGGUGGACUAUGCCAUGCUGACUGUCGCUCGGUUGAUCGGUGGUCUGGGCAUCGGCAUGUUGUCCAUGGUGGCUCCCUUGUACAUCUCGGAAAUUAGUCCUCCGGAGUGUCGUGGUACCCUUUUGGUGCUGGAAGAGUUUUUUAUUGUGCUGGGGAUUGUCAUCGCAUACUGGAUCACGUAUGGCACUCGAUACAUGGCCGGGGAAUGGGCCUGGCGACUCCCCUUCUUACUUCAGAUGGUUCCUGCGGUGAUCCUGGCGGCUGGUGUGAUUGUUCUGCCCUUCUCCCCACGUUGGCUGGUGUCCAAGGGAAGAGAGGAAGAAGCCUUGCACAGUCUGUCGCGACUGCGGCAAUUGCCUGCCACGGACAAGCGCGUACGACGAGAGUUCAUGGACAUCAAGGCGGAAGUACGCUUCCACCAGGAGAUGAAUGCGCAGAAGCACCCCAAUCUUCAGGGUGGUGGGGUGAAGGACUCGCUGUUGUUGGAGAUGGCGUGCUGGGCCGAUUGCUUCAAGAGCGGGUGUUGGCGGAGAACCCAUAUCGGGGUCAUGCUGAUGUUCUUCCAACAGUUUGUGGGUAUCAACGCCCUCAUCUACUAUUCGCCCACCCUCUUUGAAACCAUGGGCCUCGACUAUGACAUGCAACUCCUCAUGUCUGGCAUUCUCAACAUUACGCAGCUCGUCGGAGUGGCUACCACCAUCUGGACCAUGGACAGCAUCGGCCGUCGACCUUUGCUUCUCUGGGGCGCAGCGAUUAUGGCCCUCUGCCACAUCAUCAUCUCCAUCCUGGUCAGUCUUUACUCCGACAACUGGCCUGCUCAUCGGGGACCUGGCUGGGCCAGCGUCGCCCUUCUCUUUGUGUAUAUGGUUGCCUUUGGAGGAUCGAUUGGCCCUGUGGGGUGGGCUAUGCCGUCUGAGAUCUUCCCCUCCUCCCUCCGCGCCAAGGGUGUGGCCUUGUCCACUUGCUCCAACUGGCUCAACAACUUCAUCAUUGGCCUGAUCACUCCCCCCUUGAUCGAAAACACCGGCUACGGUGCCUACGUGUUCUUCGCCGUCUUCUGUGUCCUCGCCUUCCUGUGGACCUUCUUCUUCGUCCCCGAAACCAAAGGUCGCACUCUGGAGCAAAUGGAUCAUAUCUUCAAGGACAACUCUAGUGAAGCUGAUCGAGAUCUCCGACGGGCGGUUGAGGCUCAGAUCCAACGGGAGGAAGAUAGUCAAGUGAUGUCUGUUUGAUGGCUCAUCAGCCCGACUGGUAGUCCUUUUCUGUGGUGCACGUCCACUGGUGGACUGGUGUGCUGCAGCUUCAAUUCUUA